GAGAGGCGACCGCGAGGGCAAAUAACUAUUUAUUUUCGCUGGAUAUCUUCUCUCUUUCGGCGAGUGACCUUUGGCGGUGGCAGUAGCAUUAGCCAGGUUUUCCCUCGAGCAUUUCUGUGGAGCAGAAAUCGCCGAAAGAUGGACACCGUUGUCGAGCUCGAGCUGGAGCCCGUUGGCAAGCAGGAUGUGCCAAAGGACAUACCCGAGGAGGCAUCCGAAUCUCUGCCGGAGAAGCCGAUGCAGUUGGAGAGAAAAAGCCUGCUGACGCCGGUGAAAACAGUCACCGAGGCGCCCACCACGACCUUUACCCUAAGAACCCCUUCGGGAAACUCUAUUCAGGACCUGGAGAGCACGCCCCUCACUCCCAAGACACCGGUUCCGUUGAGCCUACAGCCCGGCACAUCCAGACAGCUUUUCAAAGAAGCCGCCUUGGCGCACGGCGGUCGAGAGAGCACGGCGCUGCUCCAGCAGGAGCUGAACUUCAUAGCCGCCAGCCAGACCCCUGCCUCGAAGCUGAGAAGCGCCAGCUCCACCCUGGACGCGAGUGUUUCCCGGAAUCCCUCCACAACUGGCGGCAAGCAUGAGAAGAAGCUCGGACAUCGACGCGUGGCCGAGGGUGGCGAGGUGACCUACAAGAAGAUCCAGUCCAAGCAGAUCAUGGGGUCCAUUCAGCUGGGCAUUCAGCACACGGUAGGCAGUCUGGCCAGCAAGCCGAAGCGGGAUCUGUUGAUGAACGACUUCUGGGAGAUGGAGACGAUAGCCUUUCCGCCAGAUGGUUCGUCGAUAACGCCGGCGCACCACUACAGCGACUUCCGCUUCAAGGUCUACGCCCCCAUUGCCUUCCGCUACUUCCGCGACCUGUUUGGAAUCGCGCCCGACGACUUCCUCAUGUCGAUGUGCGCUUCUCCGCUGCGGGAGCUCUCGAAUCCGGGAGCCUCCGGGUCCAUUUUCUACCUGACCGAUGACGACGAGUUCAUCAUCAAAACUGUGCAGAAGAAGGAGUGCCAAUUCCUGCAGAAACUUCUGCCGGGCUACUACAUGAAUCUUUCGCAGAACCCACGUACCUUGCUGCCCAAAUUCUUUGGGCUUUACUGUUUCCAUUACAACUCGAAGAACGUGCGCCUGGUGGCGAUGAACAACCUGUUGCCCUCCGACAUCAAGAUGCACGCCAAGUACGACCUGAAGGGUUCCACUUUCGGGCGAAGGGCCUCCAAGGCCGAGCGCCAGAAGGCGAGUCCGACGUAUAAGGACCUCGAUUUCGCCGAGCACUACAAGGAUGGCAUCUUCCUGGAACCCGACAAGUACGAUGCUUUGAUGCGCACCAUCCAGCGGGACUGCAUGGUGCUGGAAAGCUUCCAGAUAAUGGACUACUCGCUUCUGUUGGGCAUCCACAACCUCGACCUGGCCGCCAAGGAGAAGCGGGAGGAACGAAUAAUGAGCGCGCGGGCCAAGUUUCAGCGCAAAGAGAGCGCCGCGCAGGGUCCUCCAUCUCUGAACCACGACGACGAUGCCCCAGAGGCAGACCAGAAUCAGCUACAUGCCGUGGCCUCCUACGCCUCCAUUCCAGGAACUUCGGGAGCAGCUGGCGGAACCGGCUUGAGCCGCUCGCGCAGCAUUAACCGACAGCGGUUGGUGGCCCAUUCGACGGCCCUGGAGUCCAUCACGGCCGACAUGGACGUGCCGCUCGAGGAGGACGAGGAUGUGCCGGCCGGUGGCAUCCGAGCCCGGUGCUUGAACAACCAACGAUUGAUUCUGUACAUUGGCAUCAUAGACAUCUUACAGUCGUACCGCCUGGAAAAGAAACUGGAGCACACAUUCAAGAGCAUCCUGUACAAGGGGGACACCGUCUCCGUCUGCCGGCCCUCGUUCUACGCGAAGCGCUUCCAGGAAUCCAUGGCGAAUGUGUUCAAGAAGGCGCCCACAUUUACUCUGAAACAUUCCCCUUCAAAGCGUAAGACCUCGACGACCAUGCUGCGGUCACCAGCCCCGCUCUUCACGCCGCAGAGUACGCCGAUGGGCCUGCGGCAACCGGUCCUCGCCAUGCCCUCCGGGAUGUCAACGCCGCCGCCUCCCUUCGAGGACAUCUCCGAGGAGGACAUAACCGCGACUCUAACCACGACGUUGCCGGGCAAUGGCGAAACAAAAAACCAAAGUGCGGCAGUACGCGCAGGUGGAAGCCCCGGCACUGGUGGCAGUGGGGAGCCCAGCAGCAACUACCACACCCAGAACUCCUACGAUAGCUCCGGGCCGACCGGAAGUGCUCGAACGAGCGACUACAGUGACGACGACUCCACGGGCACCGGCGUGAGUGGAUCGCGGUCGCCGCUGCAUCGCGCCCGUCUUGGUCGGACAAGUGUCCAGAUCACGAGGGUGGGCUACGUGGAGGACGAGCAUGAGCCUUUGGCGGGUCAAGUGGGUGCCGAAAAGACGCACGCCGAUGUCAACGGCAUGGCCAAGAUGGUGACGAGCACAAAGACGGCCAUCAUCGAGGCCCAAAAGUACACAUCGACGCUGGUUGUCAACGAUUUGCCGCACUGAACUCGGCUCUGACCCGAUCGGGGGGUGGAGGCCAGAGGACUUCAGUGGCAAGGGUGGCGGGGGGACACAUCUGUGGUUGUAUGUGUGUCUGUGUCUGCAAGGUGUAAGCGCCACUCCGAACAAAAAUACUGUAUUUUGGCAGCAGCGCUACGCUCGUUUAUCUUGAUUAAACCCAAAAACCAAAAACGAAUACGUAUUCGAUAUUAAAAUUUAUGUGGCGCCUGUGCUAAUUGACUGCCACCCACACGCCCACUGCAGACGGGGGUCCUUCUGCCCAUUAAAAUUCAUAAUUUCAUUUCUUUAUACCAUUUUGUAUUCUGUGUUUUCCCAAUGUGUGGCCUUUACUGAAGAUGGUUUUUAUUUUUUUGGAAAUUUUUGUGCACGAACCCUGAAAUACUUAAACGAAAUUGAACUAGGAAAAUGAUGAACCAAUAUAUAUGUGUAUGUUGCUGUAUUAUAAAGUGCGUUUAAAUAUUCUAAGAUGCUCAUCAUGUAUAUAACGAGAAUAAACAUACGUAUAUAAAUAUUUUACUCCAA